UGAGAUCUAUGUGGCAGGCCAGCGUCAACUGAAUUAUUGAUUCGUUCACCGACAAGUGCAAACAGAAAGUGAAACUUUAACAUAGAAUCAAAUUUAAAACUGACUGUUGAGCUCGUGCCCUACUUGUGUUUCUGUGAAUGCAGUCAACGUCGAGCCGAACCGGUUUCACCACGAAAUCUAAGUUUGGAGAAAACGGGUGUUGAUCAUAGGUGCACACUUAAAGCUCACGUAAAAAAGAUGAACAUAGUUAGAUCAACUGUAAACCCUGCCUGCUGCCAUCGUGUGAACUGAACUACAUGCAGCCGCGAAGCACUCCUUUCAGAUGAACCUCUUUCAUUGCUUCACAACUUGUCACCUGGAAAUCAACAACACCAUUCAAUAAUUACUGAAUUAAUAGACUAUUAACAGUCAUAUUGCAUACUACAUACUACAGUUAUUCUAGAUUUGAAACAUGCUAACAAAUGAGAAGCAUCACCAUGUGAGCACACUGAGGCUUGCAGUGUGCUUUCAGUUGGCUUUGGCCUGCACUGCUAUCAUGAGUGAGACCACUAGCAGACAGCCUUUUCCCUGGGACAGACUGCGACUCCCAACUAAUGUUGUUCCAAAGCACUAUGACCUCAGCAUUCACCCUAACCUCACCAAUUUGAACUUCACUGGAUCUGUGAGAAUCAGCGUCGAUGUAGAACAGGACACAAGUUACAUUGUCCUGCACAGCAAAGGGCUGGACAUCACCACGGCAACAAUUUUAGUUGAAGAUGACAGGAAGCCAAAAGACAAGGAGCAAAAUCUAACCGUCCUUGAGAAUCUACAUCAGGAGCAGAUUGCUUUGCUUCCACCCUACCAGUUACAGAGAGCAAACAAGUAUCAGUUGUAUAUUGAAUUCCAAGCAAAUUUGGCAGAUGGCUUUGAUGGCUUCUACAAGAGCACCUAUAUGACUCGUGAUGGUGAUAAAAGAGUAUUGGCAGCCACAGACUUUGAACCCACUGCUGCAAGAAUGGCUUUUCCCUGCUUUGAUGAGCCUUUGUUUAAAGCCACAUUUUCCAUUAAGAUACGAAGAGAAAGACAACAUAUCGCACUAUCCAACAUGCCAAGGAUCCAGACUGUGGAGCAUGAGGAUGGUUUGGUGGAAGACAUCUUUGACAAGAGCGUCAGGAUGAGCACGUACCUGGUGGCCUUUGUAGUUUGUGACUUCAGGUCCGUUAGUGCUACUACAUCUUCAGGGAUUAUGGUUUCGGUGUAUGCUGUUCCGGAGAAGUGGAAUCAAACCCAUUACGCGCUUGAAGUAGCGGUUAAAUUGCUGGAAUUCUAUGAAGCCUACUUCAACAUCAGCUUCCCUUUGCCAAAACAAGACCUGAUUGCUAUACCAGACUUCCAGUCGGGGGCUAUGGAGAACUGGGGUUUAAUAACCUACCGAGAGACGGCUCUACUUUAUGAUCCACAAACUUCAUCUGCCACAGACAAGCUGUGGAUCACCAAGGUCAUUAGCCAUGAACUGGCUCACCAGUGGUUCGGCAACCUGGUGACUAUGGAGUGGUGGAAUGACAUCUGGUUGAAUGAAGGCUUUGCGCGGUACAUGGAGAGGGUGUCGCUCAGUAGUGCCUUUCCGGAGCUUCUGGUGGACGAUUACUUUAUAAAUGUGUGUUUUGGAGCCAUGUCCAAGGAUUGUCUCAACUCCUCACGCCCAAUCUCUAACCCGGCUGAAACACCCGUUCAGAUUAUGGAAAUGUUUGACACAGUCUCUUAUGAUAAGGGGGCCUGCAUUCUGAACAUGCUGAGGGACUUCCUGACUGAGGAGGUGUUUCAAAGUGGAAUCAUUCGCUAUCUCGAGAAGUACAGUUAUGGCAAUGCCAAGAGUGCUGACCUGUGGAACACCGUGGCUAAUGUUUCUUCUGAGAGGGACUUUUCCACGGGUGGUUUCUGCCCCACCACUUCACAAGACGAAAAAAAAGCUCAUUGGUACACCUGUGAGAACCUGGAUAUGAGGAAGAUGAUGGACACGUGGACACAGCAGAUGGGUGUUCCUCUGAUUACAGUGGAAAGAGCAGGACAGGACAUCCAGAUUCGCCAGGAAAGGUUUCUGAAAGGCGUUCUGGAUGAUGAUACAGAGUACCCCGCUCUACAGUCAGGGUACCUGUGGCAUAUUCCUCUUACGUAUUACACCAGCAAUUCCAAAGGUGCCCACAGACAUUUGUUGAAAACAAAGACUGACACCAUUCACCUAGAGGGAGAAGUCCGUUGGAUUAAGGUCAACGUCGACAUGAGUGGAUAUUACCUUGUGCACUAUGGAGAAGAAGGAUGGGAUGCCCUGAUUGGCCUGCUAGAUCAGGACCAUACAGCACUGAGCAGUAAAGACAGAACAAAUCUCAUCCACAAUGCCUUUCAGAUUGUCAGCACUGGCAAGAUGUCCCUGGACAGAGCUCUUGAUCUGACACGGUAUCUGAAGCAAGAGACAGACAACCUCCCCCUAAUACAGGGGAUAUCUUACCUCAGUAUUUUGUACCACAUGAUGGAAAGACAGAACAUCUCAAACACUGCAGAAAAUCUGAAGAAUUAUAUCCUGCGGUAUUUCAAAGAUGUGAUUGACAAGCAGUCUUGGAGUGACGAGGGCUCUGUAUCGGAGAGGAGGCUCCGGGCUGAGCUCCUGGAGUUAUCCUGUGACCUGGGCUACCCUCCCAGCGUAGAGAGGGCUUCCCAACUCUUCCGCGAUUGGCUCGCUUCAAAUGGCACCGAGAGUGUGCCAACUGAUGUUCUGAGGCCAGUUUAUCAAGUUGGAGCCCAGGAUGCAAGAAACUGGAACUUCCUUCUCAGCGCCUACAAGAGCUCGCUGUCAUCAAGUUACAAGAGCAAGAUUCUGUAUGCGCUGACUAGUAGCAAAGAUCCUGGCAAACUUUCCAGGCUGAUCGAUCUGGGAAUGGAAGGAGAGGUGAUCAGAACUCAGGAUCUGCCUUCCGUCAUUGUCACCAUCUCCCGGAAUCCAGCAGGACAAGCCUUGGCCUGGAACUUCGUCAGAAAAAACUGGAAACGGCUGUUGGAGAAGUUCCAUUUGGGAUCAUCACCAUUCAGAGGAAUCUUGAAGGGAACCACUGGACAUUUUUCUUCAAAGAGGGAGCUGGAGGAGGUAAAGGCAUUCUUUGAUUCAUUAAAAUCACAUGGACAUCAAUUAAAGGUUACUGAACUUGCGACAGAAAUGAUUCAGAAGAAUAUCCGUUGGCUGGAGAGAAAUCUCCAUGUGUUGAAUAAAUGGUUGUCAGAGAAUAUUCCUUCAGUACCAAUGUAACAGUGUUUUUAUAACUGAAACUGUAAACUAAUGUACAGUACAGUUGCUAGUUUCUAUGUACAUAAUUAUGUGAAUAUUGAUUACUUUCAUCAGUUUGUUAUGUUUACAUCAGGAUAUGGAUGCCACAAAAAACUGUAUUGUCCUGUGUGGAAUUAUUAAUAAAACACUGAUUACUGCUUGAAAAUGUAA